AAAAGUUCAACAAACCUCUGAAUGGCGUCCGUACCUUCGUGCAUAAGCAGCGGUUAAAAAGUACAUAUUAUUUUAUACUACAAAUUCCGUUCUCUAAAUUAAACCGCACUCUAAUAAAAACAUAAUACAAAAUCAAAAUAUUAAUCUAAUUGAAAACAUUUAACAUCAAUUCCAAUUCCAACAUCAGAAAAACACAAAAAACAACCUUUGAAAAGAAAAACGAAGUCGAAUAAAAAAGAAAAGAAUAUUCGUGAAAGAUUGAAAGAGGAGACGAAGGAGAAAUAAAAAAAAAAAAAACGAGAAAAAAAAGAACCGCUUUACCUUCAACUUUUUCUGAUUUUUAUUUUUUCUCAAUUUCCAAUUUUCAUACUUUUUCCGCUCUUUCUUUGCUUGAAUAAUUCACAAAAUAACGUGGAAUUGUUUUUCACAUGUGUUUUCUUUAUUAUUUGCUAAAAAUUCAAAUGAAAGUCGAUUUCUCGUGCAAUCAGAAACUCCAUACGCAAAUGGUUUGCCUCUAAUUUGAUUUUGGUUCGCCCCUCUUCGGCUCGUCACAUUUUCUUCUAUUGGAUCCGAAGCUAAACGCCUAAAAAGAAUCAUCACCAUCAAGUAUUUCAAAAAAAUCUGUUUGAAUUCUCGGUUCGUGUGCCCUCAAAUCUCGGUCGUCAGUCGUCAUCAUUGUUAGACCCGAUUUCGAUUCUCGCCAACGUCGUCGUCCGUAGUCGUCGUCGUCGUCAACGUUUUCUCGAGUUUUCCCCCAAAAUUGAAUUGAAGAUAAAAAUUCAAAAAUGAAAAAAGAAAUUAAAAACUCCCGCUUUGAUGUUUUAGCAUCGAAAAGAAAUUCUCUUUCGCUCUCAACGUCAUUGGACGAGAAUUCCAAAAAGAUACAAAAACUACGAAUAAAAAUCAAAGACUCGAAGCUAAAUAAAACGAUGCCCGCAUCACUGCAAAUGGACAUGAAAUCGGUGCGUGUGCUUGUGGAAAGGACAAAGUUUAAUGUUAUGUUGAAUUCGGAGCACAAAUUGAACAAAAUCAGACUCAACAAUUCUUUAAAAUCCUCAGCGGCGUCUUCAUCAUCUACGUCGUCCUCGUCCACCACAACUUCCACAACCACAUCCCAAUCAACUUCUACCAUCACCAAAACCACCUCCAACUUAAACUCCAAAUCCAACUCAACCUCUAUAAAAGAAAAAGAGAUUAAAGAGAGCAACACUCCUCUGAGGAAGCUAUCAAACAAAAAUGGGCCUCUGGCGUCAUCAACACCCCAGCGACCACCACAGGACUCCGCAAGUCCUCAAAAGAAGACGCCAUCAAAAACAAAACCAUCAUCAUUGGAAGCAGCUGGAGAACGAUCAAGAGCAUCAGAAACAGUAGGAGUUGUAGAACACCAACAGACUAUCGAUGAGAUUUAUAAAGUUCGCAAAUGCUGCAUCAAAAUACCCAAAGACAAGCUCCUCCUGCAGCUGCAACAAGGGAAGCAACAUAUGCCCUAUCCCGUGAAGCUGAUAGUUCACAAAGCCCGAGGCAGGGCCAAGAAGGAUAAGGCCGAUCAGAGCGAUGCCGACAACUUGCUUAUGGUGGAAUCACCUUCGACCGCUUCGACAACUACCUCCUCUACCACAGCUAACGUCGUUACCGGCACCGCUACCGACAGAGACGUUAACGCUGGCGCUAAAGGUGCCUCUGAAGCUCCCAGCAAGCCCUCCAUUGGACAGAAGCGCAAGUCCUCGGAGAAGCAAUCGAGCGUCUCGCCGCCCAAACGGAAGACCAAGAAAGGCAACGAGUUUUUCAUCAAGAUCGGAGCCCUUACCAGGGUACCCUCGCCUCGGCGUAGAUUAGCCUCAAACUCGAGCAGUCCCGAGGACAAACCCCCGCUAACCAGCAAGCAGCGCCGCAAGACGGCCAAAAAGCUCAACACAAAGUCGCUCGUAUCGGCACGCCUCUCGCCGUUAAGGCAAAAAUUCGGCAUUCGGUUCUUCAAGUCGUUUGUGAAAAUCAAGCGAAUGGUUGCAGCAGCCACCGCCACCGCCACCGCCGCCGCCUCAGCCGCUGCCUUUGCCUCUGCCGCUUCCAACCGGGAACAACCAUCGCUGAGCUAUUCCCCGCCAAAGACUGCCGACACUACGACCACCCCGAAGAAGAAGAACGGCAAAAAUCUGACGGUGUCGUUCCUCGAGACAGUCGAGAUCUUUGGCGAAUCGUCAGAUGAAGACGACUGGUUCGAGUCGGACGCAAAGAAUGCUUCGCGAAAUACCAAACCCUUGGAUAGCUUGUUUGAUUCUUUAAAAUCGAGCACUCCAUGCAUUCGCAAUAGCUCCACCUCAUCGUCAAUCAACAAUAGCAUCGUCAGCAUCAACAACAGUAGCAGCACCAGCAGCAGUAACAGCAGUGGUUGUGGCAGUGGAAGUGGAAGUAGCAGUGGCAGUGGCAGUGGCAUCCUCAAGAGCAGCAUUCUCGACCGCAAGGAAAAGAAGUCGUUCAGUCCGCUUAAAGAAACCGAAACAGAGUCCGAGAGUCCGCGGAAACAGCAAUUGAAAAAGGCCAAUGAGAGUUUUGUGCGUAGCAGCUUAGAGACGCAAGUUGACGAAGAAGAACGAGACAAUGCUGAAGAUCGAACAGAAGAAGCCGAAUCCGCGGAAAAAUCUUCAACUUUGCCCGAAAGCAAUAUCAUUAAAGAUGAUAUUGAGCACCAGAACUCCUCAAAAGAUUUAUCAAAAAUCAAUGAUAGCGAUACAUCGUCACCGAGUAAAUUAUCCGCAAACAAACCGGCGGCGCAAAUUUCAGACGAAAAGACAGUGAAUAAAGAAGAAAAAGACGAACAAUUGACAAGUUCAAAUGCUUCGAAUGAGGACACACCAAUAGAGGAGCAAAAUGCGUCGAACUCAAACAAAGAUGUAGAAAAUGAAGCAGAAGUUGCUGAAGAAGAAGCAGAAACAACACCAAUACAAAAUGAAAUGAAUGAAAAUGAAGAUUCCUUCAAAAGUGCAACAAAUACUGAAUGUAAUGAUUCUGUUGGGACGGAAGUUCUAGAUGAACCAAAUCAUUCCCCUUCACCUUCACAAACAGCCGAAAAUGAUGAAGAAAUGGAGGAGAAUUUAGCUGAAGACAGCACGGCACAACUAGAGACAGAGGCAGAAGCACAAUUAGAAACACAAGAUGAAGAACCAUCAUCAGCUGACCAAAUAGAAGAUCCACAAGAACAUGAGCAUGAACUUAAACAGGAAGAAGAAGAAGUAGAAGAAGGGAAUCACAUUGACGAAAUCUCAAAGGACGCGUGUCCGGACGAUGAGGAAGAGCCCUUUGUCGAUCCCACAAAGCUAGUUGCCUCAGUACUGCUCAACGAUUCCACAGAAGAAGGACGCAACGAAGCCCAAGCCGUCCUCAAUGACGUCUGUCAAAUGGCAGCUGACGAAAGUUCAGUCUUACUUAGCACAACAGCCGCUCAUCUAGCGUAUAGUUCGCCACACAGUGCCAUGGACGACGACGAUGAUGAUGAUUUUACAAAUUCGGUUCUGACGCAUCCCGAAACCGAAAAAACACUCCAAUCAGCAGCUGCGUCCGAUCUUGUGCCUAAUUCACAAGAAAUCGCCGUUGAAGCGUCAGUUGUAUCACAAGCAGCACUAGUUGCCCCAGCCGAUGUCGAUGUCACCGAAGAUACCUUUGCCAGUGUGGUAGCCGAAGUGGAACGCUUCACAAAAGAUGUAAAUUCAGAAAUCUAUGCUGAAGAUGUUGGCAUCACAGGGACCGAUGUUAUGAUGGAUAAUGUUCAGGCCCGUCAUUCGCUGGACGACAUCUUUGACGAUGAUGUCGAUGAUUUCUUUCAGAUUGAAGGAGAAGAAUUCCUAACAAAUGUAGUAAGAAGUCUUUUCUGUGUGAACUAAGCUUCUAGAUGAGAUUCUUAAAUUAACCCUUCGGCUUCUCUCCAAGUGUCGUCAUCCCCCGUUCAUUGUUUCAUAUUCAUCCGCUUGUUUUGCACUCACUCUUUUCCAAAUACAUAAAAAGGGAUUUUCGCAAUCAACAGCAAACAAAAAAGAAAAAUCAAUUUGGACAUAAUCUCAAAAUUAGCUCUUAAGUAAUUUAAACAAAAAAUAAUUUUCCUCAUAUAUAAUUUUUGAUUGCAUGUUUUUUUUUUGUUACACUCUGAUUAUAUUAAUUAAUUAUAAGUAAAGUAAUAAUUUUCUAAAAUGGUCCUUAAUUAAAAAAUAUACAUAUAAUUUGUGUACUAAAAAAAAGGAAAUUAGUUUUGCUAAUACAAAAUUUUUUGAAAUAAAAACAAGAAAAGAAAAAAAUUAAAUCAAAAACAAAACA